CUUCACUGUUUGGCCUCAUAACGACUCCCGCCGUCAGCGUGACCCGGCCAGGUGUGAAGUCUAAGGUUGAAUUUAGUUCGAUCUCGGUUGCGAUGGACCUGGUGGUUGUAUAUCUACUCACCCUUGUCAUAGGCUUAUUACUCUGGCUACUUUACCAGAAAUGGUCGAGCAAUCGAAAAUGCCCUCUACCCCCGGGGCCCUCUGGUGUGAGGGUGUUCUCAGAGAUUAUCAGCGCCCUCCAGUCUCAGAGGGUCCACUUGUCGGCGGAGAAAUGGGCCCAGAAGUAUGGCGAUAUGUUUUCUGUGAACGCCGUCGGGAAGACGAUGGUGUUUUUGAACACAUCCGAAUUGGUCCGAGAAGUCAUGAACGGUGCGGACUACAAAGCAGUCACCAACGACCGACCCGCGACGUUCUUCGGUAAAUACGUGGCCAACAACUAUAGUAACAUCACAGAGUUCGUGACGUACGACAGCACGUUGGUGUAUUUCAGGAAAAUGUUCCACAACUCCCUGAAACUUUACGGGGACGGGGUUCACAGUUUUGAAGCCUUGGCGUUAGAUGAGCUCCAAAACGUUGGCCACAAUCUCAGGACGUCUUUCGGAAAUGUUGACAUGGAAACAGUGUUUUCGGAGUCACUUUUACGUGUCAUUCAUAUCCUGAUAACAGGCGAGAGUGCCGACAGGGAGAGUGACAUCAUAGAUAACAUGAGGAACUACAACUUGUGGGGUAAUCGCCUGAACGGCUUCGACGUCCAGACGGUGCUCGCAGCGUUCCCUCUGUUGAGGCACUUCCCGAUCAAACAUGGCCGCAUCUGGCAGAACGCUGUCAAGUAUAGGGAUGCCGUGGCUCGAGUAUUUGUCAAGGAUCGGAAGAAGCGAGACACCCCCGGGGACGACCUGGGUGGGGUGGUGUCGGUGCUGCUGCAGGAGCAGAGACGGAAACAGCAGCAGGCAGGUGCUCGGGGACUCACGGAUGACGAGAUAUCCGCCAUCACGCUCGACAUGAGUGCGGCAGCAUACCUGACUUCGAAAGGGGCUCUUGUAGGGAUGUUCCUGUCGUUUCUGCAUUACCCACAUAUUCAGGAAAGGAUAUAUAACGAGAUCGCGGCCAAAAUAGGAACUCGUCACCCUGUCAUUGAGGACCGCUCCAGUCUUCCUUACACCGAAGCAACAAUUCUAGAAUUGCUGAGGUACAUCAGUCAUGCGGUGCUGGGAGUUCCACACUGCUGUAGAGAGGACAUUGAAGUAAGGGGUUUCACCAUUCCAAAGAACGCUAUGGUGGUUCCUAACCUGUGGUACAUUCACCACGACGAGGCUGUGUGGGGAGACCCGUGGAAGUUCCGCCCGGAGAGGUUCCUACGAGAUGACGGGACCCUCCUGGGCGGGGAACACCCCCUCAGGCGGAAUCUACUGCCGUUUGGAACCGGAAGACGUCAAUGUCCUGGCGAAACCCUUGCGAGAUCGAGGCUCUUCCUGUACGUCACGUUCCUGUUACAGCGCUUUGUGUUUCUGCCACCAGAGGGCGACACUCUCCCACCUCUUGACCCGAGUCUAUGGAACCCUGGCAUUAUCAUUCAGCCGCCGAAGUUCACCUGUAGGAUCGCUUGUCGUCAACAGACGUGAGCAAGCGCUCCCUUCUUAUAGAUACUUUUUGUAGUGUUGGAUUUGAUUUGCCAUCUUCAGAUAAAUAACUAAAUAAUAAGAAAUGA